GUGGACAGAUGCGGGGCGUGUGUGAGAGUUGAUGCAGUAGGUAGUACUCGCCCUCUGUGUUGCAUGCCGUCAUGUGUGUGCGUGACAGACAAUUGCGGAAAGUGACAUCAAACGCAACACAGUCAUCUACCAUAUGGAUCGAUGCGUUCUGUAUCUACGGAUUGGAAAAAAUCAAUAUCUUCAUGGCGUGCUCAGAGCCGACACACAGAACCACACAGACACACAGACAUCAGACACACAGACACAGAAGAGAAAAGGCCACAAGCGGAUCGCUCGUGCGAGUGUGAGCUGACCUAGCUAGGAGAGGAGACAGCCGAGCCGCUGGAGGUGAGUAGGUGCUAUCAGGCAUCACACGCAUCCAGUAGUGAUGCCACACAUACUACGCCACACGCACCUAGAAUCAGUGAACGCGUGACGACUUAAAUCAAAUCACUUCUCACUGCGCAGAGAGAUCGUGCGUAGAGACAAUUGCGGAAAGUGACAUCAAACGCACCACAGACGAACACAGUCAUCUACCAUGGAUGCGUUCUGUAUCUACGGAUUGAAAAAUAGCUCUUCCUGGCCUGCUCAAAGCUGACAGACAGACAGACACACACGCUCUCUCUAGAUACAAGGGGCGACUCAGUCUGUGGCUACGGAACUAGCAGGCCACCGAACACCAGCUGUGCAUCGCCGGCCCCCAUGACCUGCCGCGCCGCCCCCACUGUCUGUGGGAAUCUGCCGGCUCCGACCCCCACCACGGGAGGCUCCGUCGUGUACAGGCGGGCCUGGGUAUUGUGGGGGUUGCUGUAGAUGUCGAUGUGGGCCUGGAACAUGUGCUUGGGCUGGUCGCCGUGCAGGACUAUCACACGCAAAGAGAAUCCCGCCGCCUGGUGGCUCGUGCUGAUGGUGCGGCAAUUCCACACAGGCGGCUGCUGAUUGGCAAGAUCCCGCUGCAGAGAAACCACACAAGAGAUAUGGCAAUGAGUGAGAGGAGUAGCUGGUGGGUGGGUGAGAGGCGCUUCUUGUGUAUGGCUGACCACUCGGGCGUAGCCUGCGGGAUCGUUGUACUGGAAGACAAAAUGGGAGGCGACCUCCGAGCCUCCAAAGCGUAUCCUGAUCAAACACACCAUGGCAGAGCGACGCAGCCAGUGUGUAUAUGUGUUCGUGUGUAUCAUUCUCCUCAUCUUUCUCACCAGUUCAACACAGCGUCGCAAAUUGAAGCAAAGUCGUCACCUGCAACCAGACAUACACACGGACAUGCAACUAAAUGACCCAUUCCCCACAGCCCUCCGGCCCUCCCUCCCCCCUCUCUCACCUCGAUACUCACACACAGGGUUGGCCGGGUCAAAUCCAUCGCGGAAUGCGUGGCGGGCCGGCAGGUUCUCCAGUGGGCGGAUGGUCAGCCGAUGCCCAUCCAGCCGCUCCUCGCCAAUGUUGCGUCGCUCGCUGGGGCGCUCGAGCGUCAUGCCAAGGUGGCGGCCGAUGAUUGAGAGCUGCCGCAGCGCCUCACAUCGGCUGUCAAACACCUCCCGGCUGCCCACACCCUCCACAUCAGCACUAACCAGCUCUAUCGGCAACCGCUCCACCCGCUCCUUGUGCCUCGCCACCCUGACGAUGGGCUUCCAGCCCGCCCACUCGCCGCUGUUCUCGAUGAAGUGCGCCAGCUCCAACAGCAGGUCGAGGGAUGUCAGUUCAGUGGAGACAGUGAUGAUGUCCUCGAGGCCCUUGUCUCCCAGCAGUCGGUUGAUGUGCUCCUUGACGCGCUGCACCACAGUGCGGGUGAUGCUCUCCUUGUUAUGCUCCAGCUGCAGCUGUUGCUGGGUGAGGGGGCCGUUGGCAAUCUGUGCGAUGAGUGCGCGUCUGGUGGGGUUCGAGCGGGCGGCUUUGCUGAUGAGCAGGGGAAGCAGUUCUUGAGGGCUGGUGGGGCGGCCUUGGCCCAACGAUGACAUUGCCUGAUGGAGAAACCAACAAGAAACCACCCUGAUGCUUGGCCAUAUGAUCUGUGUGUGUGAAUUCUUCAUUCACCUGUUGCCGCGGCAACUCGGCUACAGGACCAGGUCCAGCAGCAGCGGAUGAAGAUGGCGCUGCAGCCGCCAUGCUAGGGUAGGGAAAAGGA